UCUAGUGGACGGUUCUUCAUAAACAGCUCGUCAACCACCUCGGUAGCUUGCUAGCCAACAUAGCCGAAAGAUUCAAGCUAUUUAUACGCUUUCGGUGUAUAUUACCGACUGUGUUUUCGACACACUUAGGUCGUAUCUACUUGUUAACCUAUUUAAUUUAAUAUUACGUUAUUUUGUAUUAGUCAGCUAUAGUAGCUGGUUGGUUAAGUUAGCACUAGCCUAGUCGCUAAUGAUAGCUAGCUAGCUAACAUCCCCGAACAUGAGCUCCCUAAACUUCUCCCCUCUUGUUAAAGAAGAGGUCUGCUGGACGGAGAAAGAAGCUCUGGGGCUGAACAUUGUCGUGAAAGAGGAGAAGGAAGAAGAGGAUGUCACAGUAAAACAAGAAGUAGAAGGUGAGGCUGUUACAGUGAAAGAAGAAGAGAAAGACGUUACAGUGAAAGAAGAGGAAGACGUUACAGUAAAAGAAGAGGACGAGGAAGAGAAAGAGGUGGAUGUAGUUUAUGGAGUGAAGAAGGAAGGGGAGAUUACUGUCACAUUGAAAGAUGAAGAGGAGAUAGGAGAUCUGAUUAAAACCAGAGAGAUACGGGACUAUCGUGGAUCCUCUGGGGAGCCUCAACAACCUCAUGAUGCUGACGAGGCAGAGAAGAGUCUCUCCAGAUCAGAACGCCUCAAUAAACACCUGCAGAGAUCCACAGGGAAGAGAACUCACUGCUGCUCUGACUGUGGGAAGAGAUUCACCUCAUCAGGCAUUAAAAUUCAUCAAAGGAUCCACACAGGAGAGAAAUCUUAUAGCUGUGAUCAAUGUGGGAAGAGUUUUUGUCAAUCUAGUGAUCUGACGGUGCACCAGAGAACACACACAGGAGAGAAACCAUAUAGCUGUGAUCAAUGUGGGAAGAGUUUUUCUUCUUCUGGCUAUCUAACUAUACACCAUAGAACACACACGGGAGAGAAACCUUAUAGCUGUGGUCAAUGUGGGAAGAGAUUCACCUCAUCAGUAAAACUUAAAAUACAUCAAAGACAUCACACAAGAGAGAAACCAUAUGGCUGUGCACAAUGUGGGAAGAGUUUUUGUCAAUCUAGUGAUCUGACGGUGCACCAGAGAACACACACAGGAGAGAAACCUUAUAGCUGUGAUCAAUGUGGGAAGAGUUUUGUUCGAUCUGACCAGCUCACAGUGCACCAGAGAAUACACACAGGAGAGAAACCUUAUAGCUGUGGUCAAUGUGGGAAGCGUUUUCGUCAAUCUGGAGAUCUGACAGUGCACCAGAGAAUACACACAGGAGAGAAACAGUUUAGCUGUGAUCAAUGUGGGAAGAGUUUU